AGGGACAACAAAGCUCGUGCGCGUUCACGAGACAUACACAACUUUGUUCCCUGGAAACGACUCAUUCAGUGACACGAUUACAGAUUCAACAACGCCCUUUAUCUCGCUUUAAACCGAGCCGAACUGGUGCUGACCACCGCGUUUCACCGACGGAGACGGGUUUUUGUGUUAGCUAGUUCGUCCACCAAAACUAACUUCCCUCGACUACCGAGCGAGUGAGUGAGUGAGUGAGUGAGCUUUGUUAGCCUGCUAACUAGCUGAGCUGACAGAAAGCAAACGACAGUCCGCUCUGCUGGCUGCUGGAGCAACAACUUCAGAAGAACCAGGAGCGGUGACUAUGGGGAGACCAAGCAGCUCUGAAGACGGAGCUCAGAGCACGGAGGAAGCCCCUCAUUCCGGAGCACCAAGAGAUGAAACGGCACAUGUUACACCGAGAUAAAAAAAAUUUACAACAACAGUAGUAGUAAUAUUAAUAAAAGACCGGGCGGGAUAUUUCAGUGACGCUGAAACCUUUGUUUUUGGGUAGUGUGUUGUUUGAGAGAUCGAAGUGCCUAUGGCGGAGUUCGGGGAGGACAGAAGGCUCCCUCCGGUGAAUUUUGGGCACGCCACCGUGCCAAGCGACGAGGCUGCGGGGAAGACGCAUUGCGAAGUCUCGGUUCUGAAUGGAGACUGUGGGAUUUCAGAAAAUAUGAUGUGCUCGGACUCCCCGCUCAGACCUGGCAGCCAAACCGGAGCGGAAAACGCCAACACCACCGUGGGGCCGGAUGCCAAAUCUGAUAUACCACGAAGGAGCAGCAUUAUUAAGGAUGGAAGACAACGAAAAGAAAGAAAGAAGACUGUCUCAUUCAGCAGCAUGCCCACUGAGAAGAAGAUUAGCCGGGUCAGCGACUGCAUCAGCGCCAUGGUGGAUGGCUCGGAGCUGAAAAAAGUGCGAUCCAAUUCACGCGUUUAUCACCGCUACUUUCUUCUUGACGCCGACAUGCAAUCAUUGAGAUGGGAGCCAACCAAGAAGGAGUCUGAAAAGGCAAAAAUUGAUGUGAAGUCCAUCAAGGAGGUUCGGACCGGCAAGAAUACGGACACUUUUAGAACUAACGGCACAUAUGAUCAGAUAUCAGAAGAUUGUGCUUUUUCAAUCAUUUUUGGGGAGAAUUAUGAGUCCCUGGACUUGGUGGCAAACACAGCAGAUGUAGCCAACAUAUGGGUGACGGGUCUGAGGUACCUGAUCUCUUAUGGGAAGCAUACCUUGAAUAUGAUCGAGAGCAGCCAGAACAACUUGCGCUCAUCUUGGUUAAGUGACCUUUUCGAUGAAGAAGACGUUAACCACAACAGACAGAUAGCAAUAUGUACUGCCGUGCAGCUAAUUAAGAAACUAAACCCAGGACUUAAAAAUGUGAAAAUAGAACUGAAGUUCAAGGAGUUCCACAAAGCUCAAGACAAAAGUGGGUCUGAUGUGACAAAAGAUGAGUUUGCCGAAGUCUUUCAUGAUCUUUGCACAAGACCAGAGAUUUAUUUUCUUUUUGUUCAGUUUUCCAGUAAUAAGGAGUUUCUUGAUACCAAGGACUUAAUGAUAUUUCUGGAGGCAGAGCAGGGAAUGGCUCAGGUCAGUGAAGACACCAGCUUAGAAGUCAUUCACAACUAUGAACCAUCCAAAGAGGGCCAACUAAAGGGGUGGCUCUCUCUUGAUGGGUUCUCUAACUACCUUAUGUCUUCAGAGUGCCAUAUUUUUGACCCUGAGCACAAAUCCGUUUGCCAAGACAUGAACCAGCCUCUGUCUCACUACUACAUCAACGCAUCCCACAACACGUACCUGAUAGAGGAUCAGUUCCGGGGUCCUUCAGAUGUGACGGGGUAUAUUCGUGCUCUGAAGAUGGGUUGUCGCUGUGUGGAGCUGGAUGUGUGGGACGGGUCUGAUAAUGAGCCCGUUAUCUAUACUGGUCACACGAUGACAUCACAGAUUGUUUUCCACAGCGUCAUUGACGUCAUCAACAAGUAUGCCUUCGUUGCCUCUGAUUUUCCACUGAUACUGUGUUUAGAAAACCAUUGUUCUGUAAAGCAGCAGAAAGUCAUGUUUCAGCAUCUGAAGAAGAUCCUUGGAGACAGGAUCCACAUAGAUCCUCCAAAGCUCGAGGAAUGUUACCUACCGUCUCCAUCUGAGCUGAAGGGAAAGAUUCUGCUGAAGGGAAAGAAGCUGGGAACAGCCUGCACAGCGUCAGAAGGUGAAGUGACAGAUGAGGAUGAGGGCGCAGAGAUGUCUCAAAGGAUGAGCAUCGAUUCUGCAGAGCAGCAGACCAAUGCUCAUAAAAAGAUCCCACUGCUUAAGGACCUAUCGGAUCUGGUGACGCUGUGUAAAUCCGUGGAGUUCAAUGACUUUCCAACAUCUUUCCAAAACCAGAAGCCCUGGGAGCUCUGCUCUUUCAAUGAAGUGUUUGCCACUCGCUGUGCGUGUGAUUUUCCAGGAGACUUUGUUAACUACAACAAGAAGUUUCUUGCACGAGUUUACCCGAGCCCAAUGCGAAUUGACUCUAGCAACAUGAAUCCACAAGAUUUCUGGAAAUGUGGCUGCCAGAUUGUAGCCAUGAACUACCAGACUCCAGGGCUGAUGAUGGAUUUGAACAUCGGUUGGUUCCGUCAGAAUGGUAACUGUGGCUAUGUUCUUCGUCCAGCCAUCAUGAGGGAGCAAGUCUCAUAUUUUAGUGCCAACACAAAAGAUUCAGUGCCUGGGGUUUCCCCACAGCUCUUGCACAUAAAGAUAAUCAGUGGACAAAAUUUCCCCAAACCUAAGGGCUCAGGUGCUAAAGGAGAUGUGGUGGAUCCCUAUGUGUAUGUAGAAAUACACGGCAUUCCUGCAGACUGUGCAGAACAGAGGACUAAAACGGUCCACCAGAAUGGUGACAACCCGUUGUUUGAUGAGAGCUUUGAGUUUCAGAUAAACCUCCCUGAGCUCACAAUGGUGCGCUUCGUGGUUUUAGACGAUGACUAUAUUGGGGACGAGUUUAUUGGCCAGUAUACGAUCCCUUUUGAGUGCCUCCAGCCCGGUUUCCGCCAUGUUCCACUGCAGUCUCUGACAGGAGAGGUGCUGCCACAUACUUUGCUUUUUGUGCACGUUGCCAUGACCAAUCGUAGAGGAGGAGGAAAGCCACACAAAAGAGGACUGUCUGUAAGGAAAGGCAAAAGGAGCAGAGAGUACACUAGUAUGAGAGUGUUGCAGAUCAAGGAUGUCGAUGAGGUCUUUAAAACAGCCCUGUUGCCCCUCAGGGAGGCCACAGACCUCCGAGAAAACAUGCAGAAUGCCAUAGUGGCCUUUAAAGAGCUCUGUGGCCUUUCAGCUGUGGCCAACCUCAAGCAGUGCAUCUUGGCUCUUUCCCCUCGACUGACAGGACCCGACAACAGCCCACUGCUGGUGUUUAACCUGAAUGACCAGUACCCUAACCUGGAAUUUCAAGGCCUGCUCCCAGAGGUCCUGAAAAAGGUCGUCACCACCUACGAUAUGAUGAUCCAGACCAGCAAGACUCUCCUUGAGAGCUCUGACAGCGUGUACGACAGGAUUUUGCAAACUCAGAAAGCAGCGAUGGAAUUUCAUGAAAACCUGCAUGAUCUGGCGGUGAAGGAAGGGUUGAAGGGCAGGAAGCUGCACAAGGCGGUGGAGAGCUUCACGUGGAACAUCACCAUAUUAAAGGGUCAAGCUGACCUAUUAAAACAUGCCAGAAGUGAAGUCCAGGAAAACCUCAAGCAGAUCCACUACUCAGCGCUCACCUGUAACCUGAGCAAAGGAGGAGCAGUGGGCGGGUCCUCUGGAUCCACUGACUCCAAGAGCCGGCGCAGCAUGGAGGCCAUUCCUGAAAAGGCCAUGGGGGAGGAGGAGCUCACAGAUGAGGAAAACUGAAGACCUCAGCUUCUGUUGCUCUCUUACAGUCACAUCUGUACUCUUUUCUUUCUACAUCUCCAAAUCUGGGGUUCCUCUGUCGGUCUUCACCCAGGUGCUUUCACUCUAAACCCUUCGUCAUUGACAUUCCUCAACCUAAAGCACAGUUAAAACUUCUUAGACCAGUAAAAUUAUAUAAGGUUCAAGGUUCUGACUCCUAAACAUUUAUCCAAAUAUUAACAGUUUUGGAGAAUGGAAAGAGAUCAUGCAACACUUCAACUUUCCCAAACAUCUAACUGCUACCUUAUGUUCCUGAGUGAAUCAGAAGCCCCCAGGCUAUCCCAGACUCUGACUUAAAAGAUGAGCACUUCUAUUUAGUGGACCAGAGGACACAAAGAAGGCCUUGGAUUGUGGCAAGGACUUUUUAAAGCACAAUUUUCCUGAGCUGUGAAUGUAACUAAAGCUGUUUACAAUUCUGGACUUGUUCGUGUUCUUGUCUGCCAAAACAGUAGUAAACUAUGUGUAUAUACAG